AUGUUGGUAGUGGAUGGGAAAGAGCGCGAAGUGGGUCAAGUAAUCAUCUCACUGGCUGACUUGCCCUGGCCGCCGGCGCCACCUCCAGCCCUUGUGACUUCGCAGUUGCAUGUCCGUGAACUCCAACCCACUAAACACAACCCCAUUCCCUGUGGCCAACUCUCUUUUUGGAUAUGGGUUCUCGAUUAUUGGCCAGAGGGAACGAUUCCGAUGGCUGCUUCAGGGCUAAUACACUCUAAACACAGCACACUCCGUGGAUCACUCUCCCACCUCGGAGCUGCUCUCAAGUCACAGCAACACGGUUCAACCAUGGCACCUCCCACUGGUGACAGUCAUUCACGGUUGGGAGCUAAGCUGCGCGACGUGAAGAAUCGUGUGCACGGUCGUGGUGAUAACGCUAGUCACAUCUCCUCUGCGCGCCAAUCUCGACUAACCGAGCAACAACAGCAACCGGAAGAAGGUUCUGUGAUUAUGGGAGCUUCGAUAAUCUCCUCUCAUCCGGGCCUUGGUCCUAUGGGUUGGACGACUGGAGCAUCGGAUCUGACAGGUGUUCUAGGUGGAGGCGGCGAAGGUGGUGAAUCAACUCUGCUUUCAAAUGGUGUAGGAAGUAGAGGAAUUGGGUCUGGGACCAAAUCUUACAACCCACUUGCAUCGCAGGAUGAUGAAGACAAUGGUCGGGUUGAAAAUAAACUAGGACGGACGCCAUCGUUGUUCAUGGGAGAGACCUCAUCAACACCAGGUGCGGAUGGAAGGUCGAAGGAUGGGUGGAAUUCUGUAUCAUCUCAUGGUGAAGGUGAGUGUCUAGCUUUCGUGUUGCAUGUUGAUGCGUCCAGAAAAUCCAACCCUUCAUUACCUGGUCUUUCCGAUAUUGAUGUAGGAAGGAGUCGUCGCAGAGCGAUGGUGGAGCAUUUGCGCAACAAAAUGUCACGCAGUUCAGCCAACCUCAGCGAACUUGGCCACAAGAUACGAUCUCGACGCUCCAGUCCCGAUGGAAGUCGAUGCGAACAGGAGUGUAAAGAGAGUUUUAGCCCUCCAAAGGCGAGGGGCAUUCGACGCAAGAUGUUAUCGGCUUUCGCGAGACUUCGUGGUGGAAAUUCGAGGAAUCGAUACACUCCCUUUCAGAGUUGUAUCGAUUUGCGUAGUUCUAUGCCUUUGGAUGCGCCCAAACUCUCACACACUUCUUCGAUUCCUCCGCUUAUGCGACCAGAAACACGACCUAUAGUUAAGCCCUCCGAGGCCAAGUUGGGAGCUAACUCACACUACGCAGAGGCGAUGGUGAAGGAGGAGUGGGGCCUUCCUGUUACGCAGAUAUCAACAUCAGCGGGGCAGUCAAUGGCAAGGAACCUGUCCUCAGGAGCUGCCUAUGGUUUGCAUCCGGAAGAGGGUCCUGGGAAAUCAAAGGAGGACAUGACGAAACGAGAGUUGAUUGAACUGGCAAAUCUGUUGGAAGAACGAUUAAUAAGCACGCGUACGGAGGUGGUGCGUUUAAACAUGGAGCAGAAUCAGUUGAAUGCUCAGAUCGAGGAACUCAACUCCGAGUUAUCCCAAACGCGCACCAAUCUGUCAAAUCUGCGGAACCGUCUCCUUGAGGACAACAUGACGCAGUAUCUCGAGGUGAAUGGAAAUUCACCAACCCGGAAUAUGCAUUCUGAGCGUCUAACAACAUUUGAGAGUGCUGCAACAGCUAGUCCUGGUCCUUCGAUGCGUAAUUCUGGUGGCAGUUUCUUGAGUCGAGCCAGAGCCAUUGCCUCAAAAUCGUUUGGUAGCGUGAUAGGCGGCUCCACAUCCCAGCCGAACCUCACCAACCCAGUUAUGAUGAGUCCACGUCUUUCGGCUUCCCCUCCAUCACCACCGGCAACACGACCUGGAGGUGUUGACUAUGGCAGUGUUUGGUAG